ACCUCCGAGCGGUGCCGGUGUUCGGCGGCCAUGGUGCGGCUUUACAACUUGCACCCGUUCGGGUCGCAGAGAGUAGUGCCCUGCAAGCAGGAGCCAGCGCAGUUCUGCCGCGGCCGCGACGUGCUGUUCGCGGCCAGCGCGGCGGCCAGCUGCGGGGUGGAGGUGUUCGCCGUACGCCGCGAGGGCCGCUGCGAGCCCUUGGGCUCCUUCGCCACCCUGGGCCCCGUGCUGCGCAUGGCGCACAGCCGUGCAGGAGACUAUUUGGUGACGAUUGAAGAGAAAAGCAAAGCAACUUUCCUAAGAGCUUAUGUGAACUGGCGAUGCAUGUCUGCAGGCAGUUCUCAUGUUUGUGUCCGGAUGGUGGGUCACAAGAUGGAGGAGUCGUACACCGAAACCUUAAAAGAGCAGAUGUCGAUAGUGGAAAUGGCACUUUCAGAUCCUCCGCUGUGUAUUUCAUGUUGUCCUGUAAAUGGAGAUCUUCUUGUGGGCUGCAGGAAUAAGCUAGUCAUGUUCUGUUUGAAAUACCUGGUCAUAAACCAGAAUUUGACAGUAUUAGACUUUGAACGCUCCUUAAUUUUACACACUGAUAACUUCAUUCCUGCCGAAGUUGCAUUUUGCGCUAGGCACAUAGCGAUAACAACAGAGUUGGAUGUUCUAAUCCUGAAACUGGACCUGGUCCAGCAUAGUGCAGACAGGGGAGAGCAAUGCGCAUAUCAAGUUAGUACAACAGAAAAGCUGGUGGAUGGAGGUAUGAAAGAUGAAGACCUUGCAGCUCAUAGUUUGCAGCUUGAAUUAGAUGAGUUUGUCAUAUGUCGGAAGCCAGUGGAACUGCUUGGGGAAGAAAGUAAGCUUUGUAAGAUACCCAUCACACUUGAUUCCACAGAGUUGUCUACAGAAGGCAAAAAGCACUUUCAAGUGCAGUAUCUCCUUUUCAGGCGUUUUACACCAGACCAGUCCCCUUUUGGCUUUUGUGAAGAGACGAAGCUGCACUCUGUUCAGUUCCUCCCUGUUUACCAGAAAGCGUAAGUUCAAAAUUCUAAGAAGAUUUUCAGCGCAUAUAUAAACUAAUGUCUUGUAACGUAACGAACGGAGUGAACUUGAAAGGUUUUUCUUAAUGGAGUCCACUGUUGUGAU